AUGGCCGGCUCCUCCGAUGCAGCAUCCAAGGCGGCAUCGUCGACCAACUCGCAGCCGGCUUCCUUGAAGUCGGUGGAGCUCCCCACCCGGUCGCCCCUGCUCGUUCCUCAUGAUGGCCAAGCCGCCAACGGCUCCGUCAUUGCGGAACCCGUGCCGAAGGCUUCAGUCAAGGAUCGCUUGACGCGCAUGUUUUCCACCAAGGACAGCAGCCGCCCUGCCUCUGUCGACCCUGCCACCCAGCAGAAGAAGCAGAUCCCGGAGAAGGCCUCGUCCACCGCAUCCGGUGCUUCGACUCCGCCCAAGCCCAACCCGCCCUCGCGCAAGCCGUCCACGACAGACAAGGCCGCCGACAAGACUGCUGCCGCACCCAAGUCUGGCAAGUCUGUCAAUGGCAACGCCCCGCAUCAGCGUUAUGUCGUCAACCUCGAGGUCCCUGGAGGUCAUGAGCACCAUCUGAGGUCAAGUCGACGGCAGGAGAAGCUCACGGACAUGUUCCGAGGCCUUCUCGGCAAGAAGGCUGCAGAGCAGCCGGAAAAUGACCUGUCCCUUGUCUCCAGCUGGGUCGACACUCUCAAGCAGGAGAAGGAGAAGGACAUCCUUGCGGGUGAUCGGAGAGGUGGGCCCAAUGCCACGGUGACCCUUGUCGAGAAGUAUGGAAAGUGCCAGGAGGUUGUCGGCCGUGGCGCUUUCGGAAUCGUCAGGAUAUCCCACAAGAAGAUGGAGAACGGCGUGGGCGAGAAGCUGUUUGCCGUGAAGGAGUUCCGACGCCGACCCGAGGAGACAGAGAAGAAGUACAGCAAGCGGUUGACCGCCGAAUUCUGCAUCUCGUCAAGCUUGCGCCACCCCAACGUGAUCCACACCCUGGACCUCCUCAAGGAUGCCAAGGGCGACUACUGCGAGGUGAUGGAGUUCUGCGCCGGAGGUGACCUGUACACCCUCGUGCUCGCCGCGGGCAAGCUCGAGGUCCAGGAGGCAGACUGUUACUUCAAGCAGAUGAUGCGCGGUGUCGAGUACAUGCACGAGAUGGGUGUGGCGCACCGCGAUCUCAAGCCCGAAAACCUCUUGCUGACCACGCACGGUGGCCUCAAGAUUACGGAUUUUGGAAACGGCGAAUGUUUUCGAAUGGCCUGGGAGAACGACGCCCACAUGGUCUCGGGUUUGUGUGGCUCCGCCCCCUACAUCGCUCCCGAGGAGUACGUCGACAAGGAGUUUGACGCCAGAGCGGUCGACGUCUGGGCUUGUGGAGUCAUCUACAUGGCCAUGCGCACUGGGCGGCACUUGUGGCGAGUUGCCAAGAAGGACGAGGAUGAGUUUUACGCCCGCUACCUAGAGGGCCGCAAGGACGAGGAGGGCUAUGGUCCGAUCGAGUCUCUCCAUCGGGCUCGAUGCCGGAAUGUCAUCUACUCCAUUCUGGACCCCAACCCAACACGCCGCAUCACGGCCUCCCAGGUUCUCAAGUCUGAAUGGGGCCGCGAGAUAAAACUGUGCAAGGCGGGCGAGGAGGGUCUCUAG